AUUCAUAUUAUGCUAAACUUAGAAAUAUUAACGAAUUAGCCCGACCAUUGGCUGUUGCAGGUUUUAAUCUCCUUGUAAGAUCUAAUAAAAUGAGAAAAAAGAUGACAGGUAGAUCCCACCCAGUUCCUGUUAAUAAUCCAUAUAAUGCUAAUGCUUCAAUCAAUAAUGAGGCAGAGUUCUUGAAUUGGUUACAAGGCAAAUAUCGGGAA